CUCAACACCACCCACGCACCAACCAAAUCUCUCCACGCCCAUAUCUGACCCACAAGACAUCUCACUUUGGUGGACACGACCAUGAUCCCCACCCUGCCCCUCCUCUCCCGCACAACCUACCGCGGUUCCUCCGGUUCCGGUCCAGGCCGCACAGCUCUCAACUCCCUCUCCUCCUCUCGCUCAUCCCCCGACUCACGACGCAGUAACGCCCCUUCGGCCAGUAUAGUCUUCCACCGCUCCCAGCGCGGUCUCUACGACGGGGCGACGUUGCAAUCGGGCCAUUCAACUUCAGACUCGAGGCAAAAGACGAAGCGUACUUUUAGGCCGAAUGUUCAGACGAAGAAGUUGAGGAGUGAGCUGUUGGGCCGGACCAUCGAGGUUAGGACUACAGGAAGGGCUUUGAGGACGAUUGAGAAGAAAGGGGGAUUGGAUGAAUAUCUUGCUACGAGUCAAGAGUGGAAGUUGGGGAUGUUUGGGGUGGGAUUGAGGGCACAGGUUGCUAGGGCUUUUGCGAGGAAGGAGGGGAAGAUGGUGGGGUCACAACGAGGUGGCGUAGAGGGUGGAUGGGCGGGAGAAGUACCAGAGGGAUGAGCACGCCGGUCGUACGUGCCCUUGAGUCCAUCUCUUGACCAGGUGGCGGCAACAACAACAACACACUACUUGAGAUGAGGGUCCUGCCUUUGAGCGACGAUCUCUCUCUCUCUCUCGCUCCGUCUCUGAGGGAGACGAUUGUACUUGUAAUACCAACCAGCAUACAGCGUGUCCACGCGCACGCAGCAUUAUCAUCUUUCCCACUGUCCC